AUGCCCCUCACCAUCCUCUCCCGAUCCCAGCUCCGGGAUCUGCUGCAUGCGCUCUCUCGCGACGAGAUUGUUAGCCUGCAGCGCAACCUCGCCGAAGCCCUACGAGAAUACUCCAACGGUUCUCAGGAGAAGGGUUGUUCAGCAGCUUAUCAACCUCAGAGAACCGCCAUUACCCGCCAGAAUGGCUGCACUACCCUCUUCAUGCCCGCCAGUACGGGUCAGACUAUCGGCAUCAAGAUGAUUUCCCUGCAGGACGGGGGCGAAGCAGGUUGUGCCGUUGAGCGUGACGCGGUGGAUGCACAGGAAAAGGAGCAGAUUACCUCACGCAGGCGGGGCUCUUUCCGAAACUCGGUGGCUUCCCUGUCCUCCGACUUGAGUGACCUCUCAGUGGGUUCCGAAGACAAGGACGACAAAGACGAGAGCAGCUCAAUUACCCCAUCAACCACGGCUACCACUGGUAGCUCAAGUACAGACAGCUCAACACUGCUCACGGGCUGUGUGAACCAACAGAAUGUGACCGCGAAUAUUUCCAAAACUCUUGGCGCUUGGCCGGGCGCAGGAACUCGUGACACCUCGCCCCGCGGAAGUGUAACGCUUCUAGACGGCGAGAGUCUGCCUUUCGCUUUGAUUAAUGCCCAUGAGCUAACUGCUUUCCGCACGGCCUUGGCUUCGCUGAUGAUGUUCAACAAGCGCAAGAAGGUGCGCACUCUCCUCGUAUUCGGAGCGGGCACCCAGGCUUAUUGGCAUAUUCGCUUGGCAUUGACCCUGCGUGGUGAAGACAUCCGUCGAGUGUACAUUGUGAACCGAUCAUUUGACCGCGCUGCUAAGCUUUUGCGUGACAUCUAUCUUCCCGAAAACACCGAAUGGCGCCGGGAUGUCAAGUUCUCGGCAAUGAGCACUGAUUUCAAUGAGUACGGUCGCAUUUUGAAGACUCACGUGCGCAAGGCUGACGCAAUCUUCUGCUGUACUCCAUCUCCGGAGCCAUUGUUUCCUGCGGAGUAUCUCACCUCAGGUGAAGGCCGUCAAAAGGGCCGCUUAAUUUGUGCGAUCGGAUCAUACAAGGCACACAUGGCCGAAAUUCACCCGGAUAUCCUCCGAGAUGAGGUCACAGUACACCCUCCUCAUCGCCACUGGCACAAGCAUAUCCAGCGUAGCGGUGUGAUUGUAGUGGACAGUUUGGAUGCAGCUCUCAAAGAGGCGGGCGAAAUUAUCCAAGCAGAGAUCAAGCCCAAACAGGUUGUUGAACUAGGCGAGCUACUGAUGGUACGUGAUGCUCAACGAAACGAAGAGACCGUGGAUGAAGAGAAGACUUUACGCGAGUGGUCUCAACGUGGCAAUGUCAUCUACAAAUCUGUCGGUCUGGGUCUUAUGGAUCUUGUUACUGGCGGAGACUUGGUACGCUUGGCGCGGGAGCGGAAAAUCGGAACCACGGUGGAGGACUUCUAG